UGCUGUGGUAACACUCACUCUCCUUCUGGGGAAACUUUUUUGAAAAGUCUUCCAUCUUGUCUCUUCUCUAUUGGACGCGCGACUAACUCUUUGAGGGGGAGGUUCUGACGCUGAUGAGCAGAAAUACUGGAACUUACUGCAGAUUUGGUCAAACGUUUAUGGAGUUUGUGAAGGCUAGCUGUGGAGACUGGUGCAGAGCUCAGCACGUUUACUAAACCUACCGGAACACAGCCGCUAACCGUUGUCCUGUUACCAAAGUGAAGAGUACGUACAUACGCAUUCCCUCCUCUGCAUCUCUCCUGUUUCUCUCUCUCUCGCUGGUCUAAUUUUGGCCACGCCCCCUCGUAGCCAUCACCAUAGCGAUCGAUUGCCAUAGCGACCGAUUGCUUUAAUAUUUCUUUUGAGUCACUUAUUAUUAUUAUUAUUCAUUAGAAGUCAAUUAAGUCUUCGAGGUAAUUAAUUAUUAUUAUUAUUUUGUUGAUCCUGUUAUGGGAAUUUAGUUUUAUUAUUUGUCAUCAUUAUUUAUUUAUUGCCUAUUAUCUCGUCGACUUCACGAAUUUAGUGUCAAUUUUAUGUUCUUUUUUUGUUAAUUUUGUCAACGAAAAGGAACAAAUACUUGCUAAUAAUAUUAAUCAGCUUCUUCUUCUGCACGAAUUCGCUCCUCCUCCCCCCCUCUCUCUCUCUCGUUUCUUUUUUCAACCAGAUUUUCAAAUCACCAUUAAUAAUUAUUAUCGAUAUUAUUAUUAUUAUUAAUUAUUAUUAUUGUUGUUAAAUUUUUAAUUUUAGCAAAGACCCCCCUCUUUAACUCCUUUUCUCUUUUACGUUUAUACUUUCCGUUGCUUCUUCUUUUUUUUCUUUAUUAUUUUUGUCAUUAUUUUUGUAAAAUGGCUGCCAGUAAUCACGUCAGCGGAAAGCCCCACCGUAGCUUCACAGCCGGUGCUCCGUCUUUGAUCGAGUACAAACAGCAAAAGUUUCUGAUUAUAAAUAAUCCGACUUCAGCCACCUUGCCAAACUUUAUAAAUGAAUUGGAGAAGAACCAGGCAAAGAUUGUUGUGAGAUGCUGUGAACCAUCUUAUAGCAGCGAACCACUGAAGGCAAAGGGAAUUGAUGUCAUUGAUCUCCAGUUUGAUGAUGGUGGUUCUCCUCCGGAAGACAUCAUAAGGCAGUGGCUAGUAAUAGUAAAAGACACUUUUGAGAAGUCACCAAACUGCUCACUAGCUGUUCACUGUGUAGCUGGACUGGGAAGAGCUCCAGUUUUAGUAGCCAUUGCUCUCAUUGAGAAAGGAAUGAAGUAUCACGAAGCAGUGGAUUUCAUUAGAAACAAAAGAAGGGGAGCAAUAAAUAAGAGGCAACUUGACUUUCUUGAGAACUACAAGUCGAAGGACGGAAAGUGUCGCAUCAUGUGACCUCUCCUGUUAGUCAUGUGAUCUCUCCUGUUAGUCAUGUGCCUCAUCGUGAUCUAUUCUGAGAUCACUGCUCUCAUUACCAAUGGAAAUGCAUUAUUAUUAUUAUUAUUAUUAUUAUUAUUAUUAUUAUAUCAAGAGUACUGUCAAUGUAUUCUUAUUAUUAUUAUUAUUAAUUAUUAUUUAUUUAUUGCUAACAGAGAAAUGUCUUAAUAUUUUGUGUAGCUGUCAUAAAACAACAUCAAUGAUACUAUUAU